GGGGAGGAAAGCAAAAGUAUGAGCGGCAAAGACAAGACCGAUCCAGACUCAUUCUUGCCGAAAAAUGGUGGGCGCAAGGGACCGCAACCUAGUUGGUGCAAAUUCGAUCCACCACAACCGGCCACGAGAACCAACUUUAGCAACCACGGACAGGACGAGCCGUCUGCCGGGUUCGCGCCUUUUGGUUGCACGACAGCAACCACUUCGACCUCUGCCAUUGCACCUGCACCAACAGGUUUUUCCACUGCAGCUUUCGAAACUCAACAACGUCAAGAAGAAGUGCAGCCCCCGAGUGCGGCUACCUCCGUCGUGGUUCCAGGAGCAGCGGCUCGUCCUACAAGCGCGACGACGUCUGGAGCAACAUUUUCUAAUUCUAUGAGUUUCCAAAAUAGAACAGGG